UUCAGUCAGCCGUUCCUCAGACAGUUUUCUCACACCCCCCCCCACACACACACCUCCCUCCAAAUGAGCUGCCAGCAAAUGCUAUUUCUUCAGCUGGUGACGCCUCGGCCGGCAGAAACUCAAGGUUAACUCGGCACAGGACGGAUUCUGACGUCUGUAAGCUGGACACUGAAGUUCUGUGCUGUAGAUUGUGGACGUCACACUGAAGAGUCAUGCAGGAUCAGACGGUGGAUCAGCCCACAUCUCUAUCACAGAUCCUGAGAGAGAGUUACCUGUCUGAUACUCAUCAUCGACACGCUGAAUCCAGCUGCUUAGAUUCCCCUCGACGUCUGGUGUAUGGAACCGUGAAAGAGAAAGCCGACCCUUCUGCUGAAAGACUGGAUGCUCCGUUCCCGGAUCUGUCUGCUUUCUUGAGUCAGGAGGAGUUGGAUAAGAGCGUCGAUUUGGCCUGCAAAGCCAUCAGCCAUGAGCACAAAUCUGACGGACGUCAUUCCAGCGUUCCUUCAGACAAAUUGGCCGUCGAGAGCCCGGCCCAGCCAUGCGUCCGAGACAACGUGGUGAGGAGCGUCAGAACUUCCAGGGAACCUCCUCCAGACUUCAAAAGACCCUCGAGAAACGCUCCGUAUGGUGUAGAGCCACAAUCUAAGAAAGAGUUCCUCAACAAGGCGGCUGAUUUCAUAGAGGAGCUUUCUUCUCUCUUCAAAGCCAACAGUUCCAAACGAAUUCGGCCUCGUUCUUGUAAAGGCCAUCGCAGUCGACACCAGAACAAAGCCCAGCUCGACGCCGCUUCAUACUCCCCUCACGCUGAAGACAGAGAAAGAGCGAAGGAACAACCUAUGGAGUUUGACAAACCCAUGGAUGGAGUCGUAGAGGAAGCUUGUAUGAAGGAGGAGGAGCCACAGGAGUCUUCGCGUGAAAGUGAACGUGAGAAGCCGGAGAGAACAGAGGAACCUCCCGCGUGUGAACCUCCACAGUUUAUUCAGAAACUCAAGAGCAGAGAGGUUCCAGAGGGCAGUAAAGUCCAGAUGGACUGUCUCGUGAGAGGACUGCCCACACCUGAAGUCAGGUCAGUUUCCCGCUCUUCUUCAUCACAAUCACACUCAUCUGAAACAACACUCACACAUCCAACACCAUUCACGAGGGACAGGUCAGAUACCUCUCAUCCUUUAUCUUCAGUGGAGAAGAUAUUUUGAGAAAUGUCUCAGUGGUUUUGUGUUCAUACAAUGGAAGUCAGUGGAGUUCAGUGUUGUUUGAUGGUCAACAUUCUUCAAAAUAUCUUCUGUUGUGUUUUGAAGAAGAAAGAAAGAAAGAAAGAAAGAAAGAAAGAAAGAAAGAAAGAAAGAAAGAAAGAAAGAAAGAAAGAAACUCACGACAUGAGGAUGAAUAAAUGAUGACAGAAUUCUCAUUUCUGAACUAUCACUUGAAGCCAGUGUUUCUCAGUCUCCAGUUUCUGAACGUUAGUGAAUGUUGCUUAGUCUCUCCAGUUAACACACUAACAAGCUGACGAGUUGAAUCAGGUGUUCUAUAGAGAGAGAGAGACAUCUGAAAUAUUCACAGAUUUUACAUUGAAAGGGAACCCAAGACAAAUGUAGAAAGAAGAUUUUUAUAGAAAUGUGGGGACUGGUGCCAGUAAGAAAACACCACUCGCGUUAGUGUUUGACAGCCAAUUCAAAUCUAGUUCAUCAUGUUUUCAGCACAAAGAUGAAAGUUGAGCAUGGAGUCUGACCUCAGCCGUUCUAAUUUUACCACAUUAGAAAUGUGAUGCUGUGAGAAUGUAAGUGUUUAAACGAACAUCUCGAGUCUUCUUCAGCGAGUCCAUGAGUAAACACCACCUGAUAUCAUAUAGAGCUCAAGUGUGUCUGAAUUCAUCUUGAGGACAGAAGAAUGUGUUCUGUUGAUUGAUUCUCUGUAGACUUUGACAAACUUUUGUGCAGUUGUGUAGGUUUCUAAAACAUUCUUUGUCCAUCGGUGUGGUUCUAUGAAGAACCUUUAACAUCUUUCUAGUGACAAAGAUCUUCAGAUUUAGAUUAUAAACAAGAAAGAAAGAAACUGACUGAAUAAUUCAUUGGGAAAUUAAAACCAUUGUCUUUUGAAGAGUGGCGUUCUUCAGUAAUCUGUGCUGGAAGAGUCACUCUCAGACAGGUUCAGUCCAACAUAAAGCACAUAAAACACUUCCGGAACGGACUGAAGGGUGAAUCAUGAGGCCAUGAGAACAGUUUCUGUUGUGUAGGAAAUUUGAUGUGCGUUGAAAUGGACACAGUGUAACACAAGUCAAAGCAAACUUCCCACAUUGACAGGUCAAGGAAACACAGGCUUUUUACAGCGAGUGUUUGACACUCGACGUGUCGUGACAGCUGCGGUCAGUCGUGUGUUAUGUGCCAUCAGCUGACUGUGAUGUCACAAUCAUUAGAUCAUCUGUCCAUCAACACACAGAGAAACUGAGAUCCCAUCUGAUAAUAUGAAAAAACAGAGACAUUUUCUUUAUAGAAAAUAA